AGGUCGAAGUGGAAUGGAGGACCCUCUAAGAUUCAUAAUCCCGGCAUCAAUCUCAGCUCUUAUAUUUAUCAUACUUACUGGACUAGCCUGCUUUUUCUACUGGAGAAAACAUGAGAAACGUGACAAUUUCAAAAAUAAACUUAUCAAUAGAUUAUGCUGUUGCUGUAUUCAUACAAGUGCAAAAUUCCGGAAAUAUUCUAGCUCAUCAGAUGAGUUAGGAACUCUUGAAAAAACAGAGAAAAGGAUAAAAAAUACAACGAACACACCCACCAUGCCCAAACAAUGUCCAGGAUGUACAUGUACACAAUGCCCUCAACAGUGUUCUGAGAACCAAUGUAUUCACCCAUUCCAACGAUAAAUCACAACAUCGAUAUCAUCAUCAAUAUGAAUGAGGAUAGGAUUCAACCACAUUCCUCAAUGCAGAGUUCAAGCUGGGCUACCGCCUAACACUCUAUUAGUCCCUCAUAUAGUAACUUCAAUUCGCGCAAGCAACUACCGGCUGCCAGCUAACAUAUUAACCUAUUAAUUUGCAUAAGUUAACCCAUCAUUUUGAAGUUGAAAAACAUUUCAUUAGACAACAAACAGUGAUCAGCGAUCACAUGACUUUUUAUGCCACUGAAAGGAUCGAAUAUAGCCUUUGGAGAUAGUAUGGAGUGUGGAUACCACACUGUUACUUCAAAAACCUAGUGCAGGCCCUGGCUGUGCAAUACUGGAAAACUCAGCCAUCAGCAUGAAUAUAUCAAUCAACAUUCUGCAAUAUAAUAUAUUUGAAA